AUGACCGGGAGGGGCGGUGGCACCGGCACCUCCCCGCCACCGGGGCAGGGGGUGGGGGCGGAGAGGCGGCGGCGGCAGCAGCAGCAGCAGUCGCCCCAGCUGCAGCAUGGGCUGGCCGGCCCCGGCCCCGCGGCUGCCCCGCGGCGGCCGCCAAGGGCAGAGCGGCGGCAGCGGGCGGCCCGGAUGGAGUCGGGUCCGCGCCGCUGCCCUGUCGGGCGGCCCGGGUGCCCGCGGUGGUGGCGCUGGUGGCUGCGCGGGCGGCGGUGGGCGCUGGCGGCCGGGCUGCUGGCCGCCGCCGCCGCCCUCGCCCUUUACGCCCGCCUGCCAGAGCCGGCGGCGGCGCCGCGGGCCGCGGCGGGAGGCCGAGACGGUGGCGAGGUGAACGUGCUGCUGUGGUGGGAGCCCUUCGGCCGCCCGCGCCGUAUGGCCGACUGCCGGCGGCGCUACAACAUCACGGGCUGCCGCCUCAGCGCCGACCGGAGCCGCUACGACGAGGCGCAGGCGGUGCUCUUCCACCACCGCGACCUGGCGCAGCACGGCGCCGAGGGGCUGCCCCGCGGGCCCCCGCCGCGGCCCCCGCGGCAGCUCUGGGUGUGGAUGAACUUCGAGUCGCCCUCGCACUCGCCCGGGCUGCGGGGACUGGCCGGGCUUUUCAACUGGACCAUGUCCUACCGGCGGGACUCGGACGUCUUCGUGCCCUACGGGUACCUCUACGCCCCACCGGCGCCCCGGCCCUUCGUCCUGCCCCGCAAGACGCGGCUGGUGGCCUGGGUCAUCAGCAACUGGAACGAGGAGCACGCCCGGGUGCGCUACUACCGCCAGCUGAAGGAGCAUCUCGCCAUUGAUGUGUAUGGGGCGCGAGGACUGGCGCUGGCCAAGGGCGGCGUGGUGGAGACCGUCUCGGCCUACAAGUUCUACCUGGCCUUCGAGAACUCCCAGCACACCGACUACAUCACCGAGAAGCUCUGGAGAAACGCCUUCGCGGCCAGCGCUGUGCCCGUUGUCCUUGGCCCCCGCAGGGCCAACUAUGAGCGCUUCAUCCCCGCUGACUCCUUCAUCCACGUCGACGACUUCCCCAGCCCCCAGCUGCUGGCCACCUACCUGAAAUUCCUUGAUAAAAGCAAACCCAACUACAGGAGGUAUUUUGCCUGGAGGAAGAAGUACGAGGUCCACGUCACCUCGUUCUGGGACGAGCAUUUCUGCAAGGUUUGCGAGGCCGUGAAGGCAGCCGGGAAUCAAAUCAAGACUGUACGAAAUCUGGCCAGCUGGUUUGAAAGCUGAUGUUCCUGGCAAGUGAGGCUUGUUUGGCCAGCCCAUCCCAGCAGUGGACUGCGUGGAGGCUUAACAAAGGACGAGUCUCGCAGAGAUUGUUAGCCGAGGUGGUAUGCAGAAGGCUGUCAUCAGUGAGGGAAGCAUACAGGUACAGGUAAAGAAGCUGUGAAAAGCCUACAAAAGGACCGUUUUUACUAAAGUGCAAAAUUAUGAAAGUACAAAGAAACAUCAGGCAAGAUGAUUCUUCAAGAGCAAAAUUUCCAGAAGUCAUACAGAUCUGAAACCUUUACAGUUGUGCAUAGCUCGACAUAAAUAACUGAUGCCAAGUUCUUCAGCCGUACAGCUGAAACCAAUUUUUUCGGCUAUGACAGCUUCCUGGACUGUGAAACUUUCUUCUGCUUACAGGGGAUACAUGAUCAGCGCUGGCUUUCUGUACUCAGAAGACAGAAGUGAAUAUUUUUAACAGUGAAUAUUAUGCGUGUGAAAGCUGUUUGCAGACAAAUUCUGAGCUGCAAGUGUUGAACAUAAGAAUGUAUCGAUACGGUAGCACUUUUUAGCAAUGUUCGAAAUUGCAGCAGCCAACUAAUAAUGCUUUGAGCCAAAUAAUAACGCCAUUUAGGAAAAAGUGUGUGGAGAGAACUGGAUCUGGGUGGAACAAACAGCUCAGAUGAUGUAGAGUAUUUCUUCCACUGCCUUCCAGAACCAUAGGCAUGUUUAUCCUGUAUGAAAGUGAGAAGAGCUUUAAAUACAGGAGAAGACAGACUGUAGAAAAAAAGCUGGAACAUUUCCACCCUCCCUUUAUUCAGGAAUUAGAAAAUGUUUACAGGAGUCUGCAUGUUUUUCUCUGCAAAAUUACUGCCAUAGGAAAAAGCAGGGGAAGGCUCAGAACUACAGGGUUUUUAUUACUGUAUGUAUACAGAAAGGCUAACUUAUUUCUCUAGUAUCAUUAGGCAGUCCUGUUGUGUAGUGAUUGUUUUGGUUUAUGGCACACAUUUUUAAAAAUUCUGCUGGAUGAUAGAUUACUCAGAAUGCUACUUUGCUGUUUGUAAGAUCAUAAUUACAAAAAAAAAAAUGCCCAAACUCAAGUUCCAAAUCAUUGCCUUUCAAAAAGAAAAUUACUGUAGAGAUUAAGAUCUAGUCCAUUAGUAAAAUACAGAUUGUGUGAGGAAAGAAUAUGAAAAGGGAAAGAUUUGCUAUUUUUUUCCCUUUCAUUUUGAGGGGUUUUUCUGGCUCAGUUUUUUAAUCAAUAAAUAGGUUCCUAAGAUAAAACUUCCUUCUCUCAGUGCCUACCAGGAACAUUUACGGUAGUUAUUCCCUUUCAGACUCUGCCAUUUUGCUGGAGUAAGAUCUUCCUACUAGUCAGUGUACGGUUACUUUUUGGUUACCUGCAAUCUUGCAUGGUGAAAUCCAGAAAGAAACUUCAAUUGCAAUUACAGAUCCUCAGGAAGCUGAGCCCUCCCUGCCCUUUGCAAUUAUCAGAUUUGGUUGCAAAAAAUUAUAACCUGCAAGAGUCCUGCACAAAUGUUUAAGGGAUUCAUCCUCAAUCGGAGCUGGAUAAUCCAUGGAGUUGCCCAGAGACUUCCCUCAGAAUAAAAUCACAGGCACAGAACGGGUGGGAAAAGAAGAAAAUCAGUUGCAAAUAAAAGGCGGGCAUCAGUACAGGCAAGGAUGGCUGAAAGUACGUCGUGAACAUUUCUGUCGUUAAUACCAGAACUGCCGGAGAAAUUUUAUUGGGAAAGGAGAGAAGACGGCGCAAUGUGGAGUGUAGUAGGGAUGGUCCCUAGUGCUACGUUUUCACUUGAACACCUCUUAAGUGAUUGUUUAAAGCAAAACCAUGUUCUUCAUGGCAUGCUCAUCUGUUUCUCUACCAGUGGCCAUUAUUCCCAUAAAAUUGGUUUUGGUAAUUUUAAAAAUCUAAGUAUAGCAUUAACAGUAAUAGCUAACGGUCAGGAUAAUAGAAUCUGUCUCCCUUUGAAUUAUCCUUUUUUUCUAUUUGGUUUUUAUUAUAAUUCAUGUAAAUAUAUACCAAAUCUGAUCUUAAGUCAUGAGCAAUCUUUGAAAACUAAGAUUGCACUACUUUUUAUCAGUCUGCUGAAACUAAUGUAUUUUUUGAAGUUCUCCUGAAUUUUUUAGCAAUUUCUGAAAGUUUCCAGGCACACAGUUCUUCUGUGUAAUCAUUAGUAAUGCUGCAAGCAGAAGAUGAAGCUACAAGAGCCUGGCAAUUUCCAAAGAUGGCAACUGAUAUUUUUUUCUCAGCCUCUCUAAGAAAAGCAAUUGAAAUCUUUCAUGAACUAGAGUUUUGUAAAAUUCAGAAAAGAGUUAUGCAAUAAUUAGAAUACCUUGUUUGAGUAAGGUGAUCGCAGUUGUGCUGCAUUUGUAAGUUAUGCAUUGAGUAUUUUCAAGGAUUGUACAAUGAAAUCUGCAGUCUUGUAAUAAUUAUUGCAGAGCACUUGCGUUGGGAGAGAAGAAACCUUUUCUUGUUUCAUCAUUCUUCUGUGAGCGUUGCACACUUUUCCCUUUAGAUUUGGGAGGAAAUUCAGCCCUGGUCUGCAGCUGCUGAAGUCAGUAGUACAGCAUCUCUAUAAAUCUAGUUUGGUUUUUAGCUCAUCCCCUCCAGCGGCUAAUAGUUAGUGUACUGUUACGAGCUAAGGACUGGCCUUUGUAAUUUACUCUGUAGAGCCCAAGUUCGAUGAUAAAUAAAAAGUUUGCCUGAGCAAAUUGGAUUGUAGAUCAGGAAUCGAACUCCAAAAGAUAUUGCAGGAGAUGUAUAUAAUCCAUCUAUAAAAAUGAAGCAAAUUUAUUUUCUGUUUUAAGUAGAAAGAUCUUUUUGAAUACGUUUUGAAAAAGUGUUUUAAGCCAUGCCUUAAAAUAUUGGCAUGGAGGGAGAGAGAGGAAGCUCAUUAUCUUCUGGUUUUUAUAAGGAGAAGAGUCGAUGCUACUUUUUGAUUAUGGUAUAAAUGGAAUAGAAAAGUAUGUGAUCCUUUAAAUUACAUAUUGUAUCUCAGGGAAUUUUAUACUGUAAGGUCUCGUAACCUUCAUAGAAUGAAGUAACUUUGUAUUAAUAAUUUAGAUUGACACUCAAUAAAAGUAAAGAAAGGAAGU